AUGUCCCUGACUGUUGCACCUUCCUUCCCAGAUUCCCCUCUACCACCGGUCGUCCUGCCUUGCUUGACACGUAGCCUCCUGUCCCUCCUCCUCCCUCCCCUCUUUCUCCUGCCUCUCCAGUUGUAUUUCUUCGGUGGUCAUUUUCUGAGGGGAUCACUUCACGUUCCAAGGGCCGAGGUGCCUUUUGAGUCGACUCAAAAGUCGCCCUUCCUUCUCCUGCCCCUCCUUCUCCUGCCUUUUGAGUCGACUCAAAAGUGGCCCUUCCUUCUCCUGCCUCUCCACUUCCCUCCUGCUGGUAACCCUCCUGUAGGUAGCCCUCCCGCCGCUAACCUCCCUGCUGGUAACCCUCCUCCUUGUGGCCCUCCUGCUGGUAACCCUCCUGUGGGUAACCCUCCCACUCGUAACCCUCCUGCUCGUAACCCUCCCGCUCGUAACCCUCCCGUUCGUAACCCUCCCGCUGAGAACCCUCCUCCUGGUAACCCUUCCGCUGGUAACCCUUUUCCUGAAAGCCUGCCCGCUGUCAUCCCUCCUGCUGAAAACCCUCCUCCUGGUAACCCUCCUGCUGCCAACCCUCCCACCAAUAACCCUCCUGAUGGUAACCCUCCUGAUGGUAACCCUCCUGAUGGUAACCCUCCUGAUGGUAACCCUCCUGAUGGUAACCCUCCUGCUGGUAACCCUCCUGCUGGUAACCCUCCUGCUGGUAACCCUCCUGCUGGUAACCCUCCUGAUGGUAACCCUCCUGCUGGUAACCCUCCUGCUGGUAACCCUCCUGCUGGUAACCCUCCUGUUGGUAACCCUCCUGUUGGUAACCCUCCUGCUGGUAACCCUCCUGCCGCUAACCCUCCUGUGGGUAGCCCUCCCACUGGUAUCCCUCCCCUUGAAAGCCCUCCCACUGGUAACCCUGCCGCUGGUAACCCUCCUGCUGGUAACCCUCCUCCUGGUAGCCCUCCUACUUGUAACCCUGCCGCUGGUAACCCUCCUGCUUGUAAAUGUUGA